CCGCCGGAAGUGUCGUGUUCACAGAAACACUAUUCAGCGUUCCGCUUCCAGUCGUUUAACGCGAAUUACACUGAAGAGAAGCUGCAGAUAUGGCGCAUUUAACGACAAACCCGGCGGAUAAAGAGCGGUUUAUGUGCAUCUAUCCGGCUUACAUCAACAGUAAAAAGACAUUAGCAGAAGGCAGAAGAAUAGCUGCAGAGAAGGCGGUGGAGAACCCAUCGUGUGCUGAGAUCCGGGACGUUCUGACCGCCGCUGGACUCAAUGUUCUGCUGGAGAACAAGAUGUAUCCGCGCGAAUGGAACAGAGACGUUCAGUUCAGAGGGAGAGUGCGGAUUCAGCUCAAACUCGAGGACGGAAGUUUGUGCCAAGACAAGUUUGCAUCUAGGAAAGAUGUGAUGUUGUAUGUGGCGGAGAUGAUCCCGAAACUGAAGAGCAGAACGCAGAAGAGCGGCGGAGCCGAGGCCGGAUCACAGCAGGGAGAAGGAGGGAAGAAAGGGAAGAAGAAGAAGAAGUAGACGACUGGAGAUCAUCUGUUUUGGUUCCUCUUUGACUUUUUGCUGGACUCCAGAUGUUUGAGCGUCUGCAUGUUUUCAUUAUAAACACUCACUUUCAUUUGAGCGCCGCGCCGUUCUUUAGUUUUUAAUAUUUGUCUUAAGUCGCUGGGGUAUAUUUGUAGCAAUAACCAACGAUACAUUG